AUGGCGAAGAAACCGAUGAGCACCGCGGAGGCCGAGCGCAUGAACCUCGUGGCCCAGGACCAGAUAUGGAGAUGCCGCCUGAAGGCUGAGACCGAAGCACGGCAAAACUGGGCCCAGAACUGGGGAUUCCUAACAACCCCUCUCCAGGAGCUGAUCGAGUGUGAAGACAAGCCCCCCACCCCAAAGCCCAGGAUCGAGCUUCCGCAGAGCUUCCGCAUCCGGCCAGUGACCCCCGUGGAGAAGUACAUCAAGGUCCUUCCGUCGCCCCCGGUGCCGAAGACCACGCAGGGCUUCAUCGGCUGGCGGUCCGGGGUGCCGGGCCUGAACAAGUGCCUGCAGCAGUACGAGCAGCUGAGGAGCUGCAAGGGCGCCUACGCCAGGGAGCUCGGCUGGCCGGAGCAAGGCAUCUACUGA